GGCGAGGGGCGGUACCGGGGGCCGGGCGGGCUCUAGGCCGCAGGAAGCGGGCCCGCGGCCCGCAGGGGGGCUCCGCGAUGCCGCUGCUGUUCCUGGAGCGCUUCCCCUGGCCCAGCCUCCGCACCUACACCGCGCUCAGCGCCCUGGCGCUGCUGGCCGCCGCCUUCAGCGCCUACCGCGCCCUCGGACGGGUCCCCGAAGCCGACGGCGCCGAGCCCCAGCCGCGGGGCGGGCCGCGGGCCCUGGACGUCGCCUCCUUCCUGCUCUCCGACAGCCUCUGCGUCUGGGUACUAGUGAACACUGCUUGCUGUUUUCUGAUGCUGGUUGCUAAACUAAUCCAGUAUGUGGUGUUUGGUCCUCUUCGUGUCAGCGAGAGGCAGCAUCUCAAGGAUAAGUUCUGGAAUUUCAUCUUCUACAAGUUCAUCUUUAUUUUUGGCGUGCUGAAUGUCCAGACAGUGGAAGAAGUGGUCAUGUGGUGCCUCUGGUUCUCUGGGCUCGUGUUUCUUCAUCUCAUGGUUCAGCUCUGCAAGGAUCGCUUUGAAUACCUCUCCUUUUCUCCUACGACACCCAUGAGCAGCCACAUCAGAGUGCUGACCCUGCUCAUCGCCAUGCUCCUGUCCUGCUGCGGCCUGGCUGUCGUCUGUGCGGUCAUUGGCUACACCCACGGCAUGCACACCUUGGCUUUCAUGGCAGCAGAGUCUCUGCUUGUGACAGUCAGAACUGCUCACGUGAUUUUACGAUACGUAAUUCAUCUCUGGGAUCUCAACCAUGAAGGAACAUGGGAAGGCAAAGGCACUUAUGUGUACUACACGGAUUUUGUCAUGGAGCUGACCCUGCUUUCACUAGACUUGAUGCAUCACAUUCAUAUGCUGCUGUUUGGCAAUAUCUGGCUGUCAAUGGCAAGCCUGGUGAUUUUUAUGCAGCUGCGUUACCUGUUUCACGAGGUUCAGCGAAGAAUUCGGAGGCACAAGAACUACCUGCGUGUGGUUGGAAACAUGGAGGCUAGGUUUGCAGUUGCAACACCAGAGGAGCUUGCAGUCAAUAAUGACGACUGUGCCAUUUGCUGGGACUCCAUGCAGUCUGCACGUAAACUCCCUUGCGGCCAUCUCUUCCACAACUCAUGCCUGCGGUCCUGGCUCGAACAAGAUACAUCUUGCCCAACCUGCAGAAUGUCUCUUAAUAUCACUGACAGCCAUCACGUGAGGGAGGAUCACCAAAGGGAAAACCUGGAUGAGAACCUGGGCCCUGUGGCAGUAGCAGAAGGCAGACCACGCUUGAACCAGCACAAUCACUUCUUUCACUUCGAUGGUUCUCGAAUUGCCAGCUGGCUGCCCAGUUUUUCAGUAGAAGUGAUGCAUACUACAAACAUCCUUGGUAUUGCACAAGCCAGCAACUCCCAGCUCAAUGCUAUGGCUCAUCAGAUUCAGGAGAUGUUCCCUCAGGUUCCUUAUCACUUAGUUCUACAGGAUCUGCAGUUAACCCGCUCUGUAGAGAUAACCACCGACAACAUCUUAGAAGGGCGCAUCCAGGUACCUUUCCCCACACAGCGUGCAGAGAACGUUAGACCUGCAUUAAACAACCCUGUGGAACGGCCCAGUACGGAUCAGGAGGAUACCGAAACUGUCACCCAGACGGAGAGAGUACCACUUGAACUGAACUCAAGACUGGAAGAAAUGGUAGAAUUCAGCGAAAUGGAAGCAGAACCCAGUGAGGCAGAAGAUUUUGAAGCCAGGGGAAGUCGCUUUUCAAAGUCAGCCGAUGAAAGGCAGCGCAUGUUGGUUCAGCGGAAGGAAGACUUGUUGCAGCAAGCUCGAAAGCGUUAUUUAAACAAAACCUCUGACGAGGAGUUGACCACAGAGAAGCCCUCGCUGCCCGAGGGAGCCUCCGCCGAUCCCGUCACCCUGCGUCGCAGGACGCUAGCUGCUGCCGCCGAACGGAGACUUCAGAUGCAGCAAAAUUCUUAGCGCUCACUGCUUCUCCUUCCUCCUCCUCCUCGUGAGCAAUGUUGAAUAAAUAAAUGAAAUACAAAAAAACCCUGCGCUUUCUAUACCAGCAGGAAAGUGUCACUUCAGAGUUCAGCUAGCUGUGCUGCCGAGUGAGCUGGCUGCCUCUGUGCUGUAUAAAGCAUGUGGUCUAAUAAUGUUUGGACAGCUGACAAAUUAACCUUUUUUGUAAUAUUUUCUAUGUGACAUUGAUCCCCUCCACAAACAAAGGCGAUUUGUAAACCACGGGCAUGAUUUCUGCAGCUAGCGUGAGGUGUUAGGCUGACUGCACAGGAGAAGCUGGGGAAAGUGUGUUUGAAAUGAGCAGCUCUGGGUGCAGGUCACAGAGGGCACUGGCAUGUUCAGCUUGAGACCAGGGAGAGUUAUUCCAAGAGGGGAAGAAAGCUUAGAAAUUUGCAGCAAACCCUGCAUUAGAUGAGCAGGUUCCUGCUCUUAGGUUCCUGCUCAUAUCGAGAGUGAAUGAAGGGUGCUCUGCAGGCCAGCUGGAAGGGCUGGAGCGGUAUCGCUGGGAAGUCAGGUCUUAGACUGGAUGGAAGCUGUCUAGCUACAUAAUGUAGUAAAAAAUGAAAUCAUGAAUUGUGCAGCAAAGUGCUAAUUCGCAUUGAUUCCAGCAUAAACUAGUUUGUUUACCAUUGCUGGGCUCUUCUGCACUGGCAGACUUGUAGUUCUGCUCACUCCCCGGGGCUGUGCUAUUUUUCCUUGUCUUUUAUGGCCAGAAAGAAGUGAGACACUGGGAGGAAUCGAGUGACGAAGAAGGGGCACGUGGGGAGGCUGUAGCCCCUGGCAUUCAGUGUUACAUUAAGCCGAUGGAGUACAAUCGAAAAUUCUGCCUGUUUCGGACUUCAGAGCAACAUGGAUGGACUUCAAGGAAGAGGCUGGAGAUAGCUCUGAUAUCUUGCUUUUUUAUUUCAUUUUUAACCCCAUGACUUCACCGUGAGACUAGCAGAAUUGGGGCAGCUGGGCCUUAGGCAGGCUGCAAUCCAAUCUGCUAACCUGUGAUUUUUCUAAAGAACUUUUGACAUGAGAUGCACUUGGAACCGGCAAUGCUAGCUUGCAUAGUUGAAUUUUACAUGGCAGUGACUUAAUUUUUAAAUUCCUGAUGAGUGAGUUCUAGCAUCACUGUCCUUUAGAAGGAGCCCAGUAUUAUCUAGAAUUGUUGGUAACUUUUUUUACUGUUGGUUUUUAGGGACAUUUAAAGGUGAACUUAAUGAAAGGAGUUGCAUUGAUGUUUAGGUGAAAAUAAUUUAUUUCAAUAAAACUUUUUGGGAAGCCUUACCUUGCAAUGCUGUUAUAGUAAACUUCAAAGAUUUUUUUUGAGAUCAUUGGUUUUGCUCAGAGCACAGCUGUUUGUUUUUAUUGUUUAAAAAAAAAUAAAAUCUUGGUCAGUGUUGGAAA